AUGUUUCUGCAAUGCUUAAUCCUAUUCCUUCUAUUCCUUGUGCUUCGGCUUUGUGCUUAUGCGGACACCAUAACGCCCACCCAGCCCCUAAGAGACGGUGACGUUCUGGUGUCUAAAGGGGCAAGCUUCGCUCUAGGAUUCUUCUCCCCCGAAAAAACUGUCGUAUGGGUCCUUAACAGAGACCAUCCAAUCAAUGACACCUCCGGAGUCCUCUCAAUUGAUGCCGGAGGAAAUCUCGUCCUCUAUCGCCGAGACUCCCGUCUCUGGUCCACAAACUUCUCAGCCUCAUCAGUGAAAGACAUGGUAGCUCAGCUCUUGGACACAGGUAAUCUAGUUUUGGUCCAAAACGAUGGUAAAAGGGUUGUUUGGCUGGGCUUCGAUUACCCGACGGACACCAUGCUUCCCUAUAUGAAGCUAGGACUUGACCGGAGAACCGGUUUGAAUCGGUUCCUCACAUCUUGGAAGUCACCGGACGACCCGGGAACCGGUGAGUACUCGUGUAAGAUGGAGGUGGGUUGA